CCGGAAGUUCCGGCCCCGGGCGUCGUCCGGGACCGCCACGCCGCCCUGCCCCGCGCCGGCUGCCGGCACGCCCUCCAGCACCACCCCGGUCGCGACGCCUGCCACCACCGCCGCCCCCAAGAUGGUGAUCGCCGCCUCCCUGUCCCCGACGGCGCCCGCGGCCCAGGGCGCGGCUGCGGCCGCCUGUCCGACCAGCUCGGCCUCGGCCAGGUCCGCACCGGCGCUCUUCACCUCGCCGCCGGACGCGCCAAUCGGCCGCGAUGACUUCCUUCGCGCUGCCAUGCGCACCCUCAUGGUGGUGUCUCCGCUCCAGACGCGGUCGCGCAGCCUCACGCACAUCGCGGCGCUGGACAUGGACGCCGGGCGGCCGGACCGCCUCGUCGUGCCGCCCGCCUCCGACAACCGCCACCACACGCUGCGGAGACAGAACUUCACCAGCCGGUCACAGCUCUCCAGCUCCGAGUACUUCUUCGUCACCUUCGAGCUGCCUGGCGCAGCGGAGGGGACGCCGGACGCCCCCCUCAAGGACGAGGAGUACAUCGUCGCGGCCAAGGGCACAACCCUCGAGGAGGCGCUGGUCGGUGCGUGCCAUAGGCGGGGCAUCAGUUUGAGCAGCGUGAGCGUGUUCCUUGACCGCGUGGAGCUGAGCCUGCACGCCGAGAGCACCGUGCUCGCCGGCAAGCAGCUCAGAAUCAGACCCAAGCAGGAUGGCAAGUCAUCCCGAGCCCUCACUCGGGCGGCAACUUCGCAGCAGCCGCAGCUGCGGAAGUCCUCAUCGAGCGUCCGCAACAACCGCCGCUUCUUUAGCACGUCGACGGAGGACGCCAGCUUCGCCAGCCCGCAGGCCGACCUGCUGGACCCGGAGAAGGGCAAGACAGCCAAGGCGCGGCAGCGGUGGAGCCUGUUCGGCAACAACAAGGACACCAAGAUGGGCGCUUUGUCGGAGCAGCUCGACAACUUCACCAAGUACGGCAUCCCGAAGGAGCACAAGAGCACCGAGACGGAUGAGAGACUGUACCACCUCGAGGACAACUGGCGGGGCCUCCUGGACGGCAGCGACACCCUGCCCGAGCGGCUGCAGCAGCAGCAGGACGCCGUCUGGGAGCUGCUGCAGACGGAGCUCGCCUACAUCCGCACCCUCACCGUGGUCAAGGACGUGUUCCUGGCGUGCCUCAGCAGCCUGCAGGAGGCGCGCAUCCUCACCGAGGUGGACAAGGGCCGGCUCUUCGGCAACAUCGUCGACAUCCACGCGGCCAACGCCUUCUUCUGGGAGCAGUUCCUGGCGCCGGUCGUGGCCGCCGCCCGCGACGGCCGCCAACCGCUCAACCCCAGCCACCUGCUUGAAGGCUUUCUCAAGUUCGAGGAGAUCUUCCGGCCGUAUGUGCAGUACUGCGUGGAGCAGGCCGAGUGUUCCAAGUACUGUCGAGAGCGGACGGCGGAUGGCGAGCUCUUCACUGUCUACCUCGCGUGGUGCGAGACACACGAAGAGACGCACGUCGCCUGCAAUCGACUGCAGCUCGUCGACAUCCUGGUCAUGCCCAUGCAGAGGCUCACCCGGUACUCGCUGCUGCUCAAGGCCAUCCUCAAAAAGACCGACUGCGAGGAGCAGAGCAAGGACCUCAAGUUCAUGAUUCGGAAAGUGGAUGACUUCGUGAACAGCGUCAACUCGAAGUUGAGGGAGAGGGAAGACCAAGACAAGCUGAACGCCAUCAUCGCCAGGAUGGAGCCCUACGACGUUGUGGAGUCCAAGGACGAGGACCUGGACAAGAUGGUGAAGCUACACAGCCUGCUGGACCUGACGCGCCCCAUGCCGGACUGCCCGGCCGCGCAGCGGCGCUACCUGCUGCAGGAGGGCGACCUCCGCCUGCGCGACCUCAACAGCUCCAAGGCGGACGUGCACUGCUUCCUGUUCACCGACAUGCUGCUCGUCUGCAAGUCCAAGAAGGGCGAGUCGCGCACGGCGCGCGUCCGAGUCCUGCGGCCGCCCUACCUCGUGGAGCGGCUCGUCAUCAACGAGCUGGCCCGCGACCAGCCCACCCUGGCCUGCGUCUACCUCAACGAGUACAAGGUGGUGGUGAGCGCCUUCCUGCUGACGAGCGCCGACGGCAAGGUGAUCAAGCGGUGGGCCGAGGACAUCCGGAAGGCGCAGCGGUUGUACGCGCAGGCCAAGGAGGCGGGCGCGACGUCGGCGAGCACGGCGCCGCCGCAGUACCACGCGCCGCCGCUGUCGCUGUCGCGGCAGCCCUCCUCGCUGUACGACGAGGACCUGGUGCUGCAGGGCGACGACGCCCCGGAGGCGGACACGCACUCGUACGCGUCCUACUCGCUGGGGCUGUACCCGCACCACCGCAGCCCGCGCGGCUCGACGCGCGGCAGCAGCCUCAACCACUCGCACAGCGGCUCCGUGGAGAUGAACGAGGCGUCCUCGCUGAGCAGCGUGUCGCACUCGCGGGGCAUCAGCGUGGACAACAACGAGCUGCGGGCGUCGUCGCUCAGCUCGGACGAGGGCAUCCCGCCGCUGGGCGCGGACCAGGCCGGCGCGGGCGCGGGCCACCCCGGCGGCGGCGGUGCGGGCCCCGGGGGCGGGCCCGGCGGCGGCGCCCGCGGCCUGCGCAGGUCGCAGCACAGCAAGUCGCCGAGCCCCAACACGCUGAGCAUCCAGGUGCCCGUGUUCUCCAACCUGGGCCAGUCGCUGCCCAACCUCAACCUGGCCGCGUCCUCGCCGCACGGCUCGCUGUCCGGGCCCACGCCGCCGUGCUCGCUGCUGCUGGUGCCGCCCACGGGCAAGGGCGGCCUGCACCACCACCACCAGCACCACGGGCCGCUCAGCCCCGGCCACCGCGGCACGUCGUACCCGCCGCCCUCGCCGCCGCGCGGGUCGCUGCACCGCUGGACGCCCCAGCGGAACCCGCCGCUCAUGAAGAUGCGCCACGUGUCCGCCAGCGUGUCGAGCCAGCAGUCGUGCUCGGGCCCCGCGCCCCCGGGCGUCACCUGGGCCGCCCCCGCGGCCUCCGCUGCCGCCGCCCCCGCCGCCGCCGCCCCGUCGGGGCCCCAGCCCGGGCCCGGAGCGCAGCAGGGCAGCCCCACCUCCACCCCCAUGCCGUCCAACUUCGACUUCGACGUGCCGCUCAUCGGGGGUGUCUCGCCGCCCGCCGGGGAGGCGGCCGCGCAGCAGAGCGCGCAGGGCGGCGGGGCCGCGGGGGCGGCGGCCGGGGGCGCGGGGCCGGGCCAGCAGCCCUCGCCCACCUCGAGGCAGACCUUCAUGAUGAAGAGGUUGACGCGCGGCGACAACCGGCGCUACCAUACCGCGGGGACCAUCGACGACGUCAAGAAGGCCGAGGGACGGGACGCUACCAUCCACAAGCGCUUCUCGUGGAACUACGGUCCCCAGAGCUGCGGGAAGCGCCAGUCGUCCGGCCACGAGGACGGGGCGCAGGGCCAGCAGGACGUGCUGCUCAUCGACAGGGCCACCAGCCCGCUCAAGCCGCCGCCGCAGCACAUCACCGACGCCGCGUGGAGCCGGGUGCACGCCGGGUCCACCGAGAGGACCAACUCCUUCCCGGAGCCGGUCCAGUUCCAGAGCCCGAGCGUGGGCUCGAGCCCGAGCGUGUCGCUGUGCGGGGACUGCCCGCCCUGCUGCGGACCGGGCGCGGGGCCGGGCCCGCCGCCCGCCGCCGCCAACGUGGUGGCCAGCGUCACGUCCAGCCCGGCGCUCUCCACCACGAGCCCCGUGCAGCUGCCCAGCCUCAACACCAGCCCCACCACGUGUCCGGACGCCGGCCUGGAGCUCGCCAGCAGCAACCCCUUCCUGGAGGACGUCGUCGGACAGGAUAUGGACCACCCCGUUCCGUUGGGCAACACUAACCCUUUUCUUGAGUCAACGGAUUUCCUGGACGAGCCUUUGCCUUCAACUCAUGGCUUCCCAUCUGAUGAGGUACUAGUGCUCAUCACAGAUGCUCAAGUUGAAUACACAGAUGCCUAAUGAGAUGAUUUUGCUGAUCUUCAACCUUAUCAUCCAAUACCGGAAUGGUGUCACUUCACAACGCAGGCCUAAUUAGUAUAGACAGUGUCCGCCAGUUUGGAAAAUUCCAUUGUUUCUUGACAUAAUGGAUAACUAUACUUUAUUUGAUUGUCCGUCUAGCUUCAGUUACCAGGGUUAUUUUUUGCACAAAUUUUUUUGGACCCACCUGGAAAGGGACCAUUUUUUUGCAUUGUAAACUACCUGCUCUCCAAGAAACCAAAUCGUAAAUGUGGCCAUAAAUAGCCGUAGAUGUUUACUUAGAAGUAGGAUUUUCUCUCAAGAAAACUCCAAAAAACAUUACUAGUCUGACCAAAAUACUUCUCUAGGUAAAGCAUUAUAUUAUGGAAGGCAACUGACAUAUCCUUAGUACAAUAAACAUAAUGUAUGUUAUGAGAUUUCUUCGUCAGUUGUAGAAUAUGUAUGUCUUUGUUGGUAUUAAUAGAUAUCAAAAGAGCUGCCUUAAUGAAAUUGUAAAAUAUAUAGGACAUUUAGAAAUUAAAAGUUUAAUACUAGCUGCAGUACCUGUCCUAUUUUAGUAUAUAGAUGAUGUCACAUAAAAGAAAAUUGGUGUGAUGUAAUCAUAUCUAGUUUCAAAGCUUUAAAGAGAAUGUAAAUAUACAAUACAAUCAUCUCAUUCGAACUGAACCUUCGCAUGGCCUAAUGAUGGUUGGUAUGAACCAGUUUUGUAGAAUUUUUAUUAAAUGUUAGAGUCAAAUUACUAUUUUUCAGUUAAAAAUAGGAUUCUACUUACUUUUGUACGCUGUCUAAUGACGCUAAUUAUUUUCUCAAUAUGACCUAACAAUAGGUCUUGGACCAAUCUUAAUGUAGUUCUUAUGCAAAUAUGAAGAGGACUAGAAACAGAAAGAAUUUGAUAAAAAUGUUAUUCACCCUUUACCAUAAAGCAGAAAUGGUAUUUCCAAACAAAAUAUCAAGUUGUACAUUUAAUAUAUGCCUAACGCAGCCAGUGCCAGACUGUUUGAAAAAACAGGGAAAUCAAAACCAAAUGUUGGCACUGAUUGUGUUAAGUUUGCCAGUCAUAUUCAUUUUAAGUAUUGGUUGCAUGUCCAAACAAAACAUAGUCUCCUAAACUAAUAACAGUUAGUAAUAUAUGCUCAGCAAGGCUGUAUAAUAACCUUAAGAGAAAUGACAGAUAACAAAUAACACAAAACAGAUCUAUCUUAAGCAGGUUAUUCCUGCUUUCUGUUGUUUUGAAAAUGUUUCAGUGGACAUUGCCAUAAAUACUACUUUAGUGGCAUAAACCAGGACCAUAUAAACAGCAUAACUAACCGAAACACUGCAAUGCAUCUGUUAUACGUUAUCAAUUAUCUGUUAUUAUCUCUCCAAGGUUAUACAGCAUGAAAAAGUGUUUUCCUUCUUAACUGAUAUGCUCCGAUAUGCUUCAAAAAAAUUUAAACUUCAGGAUAGUCUAGUGUGUUUAUUUUCAAAUAGUUUGCAUUUGUUCAGGCUCAAAGAGAAUUUAACAACCAAAUGUGAUGCCUAUAUUGAAAAAAUCAGUAGGAUUGCAAGUGAUUUUUAAAAAUAUUCUUCAUUUUAAGAAAUAGAUUAAGUGAUUGUCCUCUAUCUUCUAAAGUGGACUUUAAAUGGGGCGAGUACGUUUAACUAUUUGUAAAAUUUGGCCAUGGUUCAAUUGAACCUAAACCUAUUUAGCUCAAUGAUAUUUUAUUGAGAUGUGUAGAUAUGUAAAAAUGUGAAAAUUUGCAUAUUCUCAUUGUCUACUUAUUUUACCUGUUAGGAUCGAUUGCUUCUUCUUGUCUGUUUAGAAUUACAUAGGGUGUAAAACCAAAUUCUGUGAAAGUGUAAAUAAAAAAAAGGAAUGUUUUCUCGUAAUCAAAA